UUUCAUGCAGUUUCUGUCUUAAUUACGUUUAGAUGCAUUUGUGUGAAAUUGGCAGAUAAUUGUGAAAGAUAUCUUCGUGCUUCGAGCACGAAUUUACAUAAACUUUAUCUACGUAGGUAGUCAAAGUUUCAGGUGGAAUCUGUAACAAGAUUCUGUAAUUUACUUAACAUUAAAUAUGUUUGGACAAACUGGAAAUACAUCAUUCAGUGGAUUUAGUACAGCGACGCAAAACAGUCCGUUUGGGCAAUCUGCAUUUAGUAAAUCCAUUACUACAACAAGUUUUGGUAGUGGCGCAACACCCGUCUUUGGUAGUAGCAAUACUUCAUCACUCUUUAGUUCUAAACCCACAGGUUCUACCACAGGUGGCUUGUUUGGAAAUACCACAACGCCACCAGCAUUUAGACAGCCAACUAACACUCAGUCUUUUGGAGGUUUUGGGACAACAAAUACAAGUACCAAUCUUUUCGGCACCCAACAAAAUGCUGGUACAAAUCUUUUCGGUACAAGUACAGGGACUUCGGCAUUUGGUCAAGCGAACAAACCUGGUUUUAACUUUGGCACAACAUCUGGAACUAAUCUAUUUGGACAACCACAACAGAAUGCACAGCAAACUACUCCGUUUGGUCAAACCAAUACCACCACAAAUACAAAUCUUUUUGGUACAACCACAGGUUUUGGCAAUACUAAUCCCACUACUAUACCAGCUGGUACCGCUGUGAAAUUCACACCUGUCAUUACAACUGAUUCUAUGUCAAAAAAUGGAAUAUCACACAGCAUUUCAGUCCGUCACUGUUGCAUUGCAUCUAUGAAGGAAUAUGAAUCUAAAUCAUACGAAGAGUUACGUUUUGAAGAUUAUCAACUUGGAAGAAAAGGUCCACAAACAGGUCUUUUUGGGACAUCGGCGCAGACAUCACCGUUUGGUAGCGCAGCAGCUGGUACUAGCACAGCUGGAACAGGAUUUGGAUCAAUGACUGGAGGAUUUGGUACUACUAGCCAAUCAGGAUCAACUGGACUAUUUGGAAAACCUAUUAGUAAUUUUGGGACACCAGCAACUACAACAACAAAUAGUUUUGCAUUCAAUUCUACACCCACUACAAAUUUGUUUGGUACUAAUACUCAAACAAAGCCAUUCGGUACAGCUGCCCCGACGCCGCUUUUUGGCACUAGCAGUACUAACCAAACUGCUGGAACAGGUUUUGGUAGCAUUAAUACUGGACAAAAUACAGGAUUUGGAUCUACAUUUGGCUCCACACAACCUAAUCAGAGCAUUGGAUUGUUCAAUCAGAACAAGUCUGCUUUUAAUAUUCCAUCGACGUCGACUAGUACCGCCUUUACUGGUUUUGGUCAACCGGCUACAAAUACCACCACACCAUUAUUUGGUAACAAAACUACUACUACAGGAUUUGGAACAACAUCUACGUUUGGUGCAACUGCGCCUUCUACAUUCGGAACUAAUACAGGUUUCAAUUCUGGCACUAAUGCUGGGUCUUCAUUAUUCAACUCGUCUUUUAAACCGGCUGGACAAACAUCAGGGUUUUCAUUCGGAACUACACCUGCGUCUUCAAGUGGACUUGGCACGAGUACUGGUUUAAAUUUGAGCGGUGGUUCUUCAUUAUUUGGGCAACAAAAAUCAGGAAGUUUGUUUGGAAAUGCUGGAAAUAAUACAACGUUUAAUACUUCCGGAACAUUUGGUUCUUCUACUUUUGGAACGACCUCUAAUAUGAUAUCUGGAACAGGAAUGAGCUCGCUCAGCGGAGGAGUGGCAAACCAAACUAAAACAAACGGUUCAGUACCAGUACAUCAGCAAAUUUUGGCUCUCGUUUCUGCACCAUUCGGUGAUUCACCAUUAUUGAAGAAUCUUUUACCAGCAUCUGGAAAGACUGAGGAACUUUUAAAACCUACAAAUCCAGCAUCGAAAGUAUUGAACAGUCCACAAUAUAAAGUUACUGUGAAUAAUAAAUCUCCGAAAAUUAAAGCUAGAGUUGUCAAUUCUACACAACUAUCUAAGAAAUCUUUGUUUGAUGGUCUCGAAGAAGAGGAUCCUGUGAUAACCGAGGCUUUUCAACCUCGGCCAAGUGCAAAACGUUUAGUAUUACGACCGAAAUUAGCGACAAAUUCUUCGGUUCAAUCUCUCACAGAAAAUGUGGAAUCCGUGACAAAUGAUACCGCAAAUGAUAGGACAGAUACAAAUAUAAUACAUAGUAACAAUAUUGAAGUUAAUGACAAAGAAAAUCACAGCCAAGAUAAUAAUCGAUUUGCAAAUGAUCGACGAUCAUCUACAUCUUGGUUGAAGUCGACACUUCCACGGAAAAAUAAAAUUUCAAACGAUGAAUUGCUUGAGGGACAGCAAUCACCAUUUUCUGGAACAAAUGUAUCCGAAGAGGUGAAUAAUACAGUGGUCGAAUUAAGAACGCAAAAUAAUAUAUCAAAUCAUUCAGAACCGAUUAAUUUGAUCGAAGUGCCACUAAAUUCUACUUUUGAUGAAAAAAAUUCUGUGAAUCUUACUAUGCAAAGUGCAGAAUCCGGCCAGGAAACGGAUGAAAAUUCAUUUUCGAUGUUACAAUCAAACUGGUCUAUGAACAUAGCUAAAGUUACAUUACGACGAGCAGGCUAUUAUACCAUUCCAUCGCUCGAUAAACUAGAUGAUAUACUAUGUAUAUAAACAUCUUUGGAAGAAGAAUUAUAUUUACAUAUUAUGUGUGACUGGAAUACCAUUGCCAUUACAGUACAUUUUCGUCAUAAAGAGGUGAUUAUUUAUCCCGACGAUGAGAAGAAGCCACCAGUGGGACAAGGCCUGAAUCGAAAGGCACAGGUCACUUUAGAUAAGGUAUGGCCGCAUGAUAAGUCGCUGCAUGAGCCGAUUAUGGAUCCACAGCGACUCGCCGCGAUAAACUACGAAGGAAAAUUACGUAGAGUAUCCGCGAAGCAUGAUACUCGUUUCCUCGAGUAUCGACCGGAGACUGGUUCAUGGGUAUUCAAGGUCGACCACUUUUCCAAGUAUGGUCUCAGUGAUUCAGAUGAGGAUGAUAGUCAGAUCCCGUCAACUUCAGAAGCAAAGAAAUUGAAGGGAUUCUCCACGGCCAUACAAAAGGACAAGCUUGUUGAUCCAUCGAUGGUGAUCAAUAAGGAAGCGAUCAAUGGAGCGAUCAACGGAACGCUUGACGGUACGAAGAUCGGAAACAGCAAGCAUCUGAGUAUGAUUGAGAGCAAUUUUUUAGGAAAGGUUCCAAUUAACCAUUUUGCCUAUAGUGAUCACAAUUAUGAGGAACGAGGAAUGAUCGUCAGUCCAGUCGAGGAAAUCCCAUUUGGCCGUUCUGACUUUGUUCCUAGAGAUUAUAAUUACGAAAAACAAAUGACCAUUAGUCCGAUCGGUGAUAACGCUCGUGUAGCCGGUACAGAUAGUCAUAAAUUGCAGCUUAUGAAAGCAAGCUUUUUCGAUGUAAACGAUGAAGAUAUAAACGAUGAAACAAGCAAUGGUAUAUUCUCUUCCGUACAGAAAACCUUGACAAGUUAUUUCCCAGAUGUUACAGAAACCAAGAACGACGAAGUUCCAUACAACGCUACGACUUUACGAGUAACUCUUAUCGCAAACAAAGCACUAUCUGCGUGUCCAGAAAACGUACUUUACACAUCGAGUAGAAAAUCACAUUUACCUUGUAUCGGUGUCAAAGACAAACAGUUUAUUGAAAAAGCUAUUCCACCACCUAUGAUUACACCAGUGACAAACGUGUUGAAGUAUCACUACGAGGUUGUUCCACUUGAAGAGUCCAGGUUGAAUAAGUUGCGAUUUCGUUGUAUUGCCGACACCGGUAUAUACAUGGGCAGGACGUUUCGACCGAGUUGGGGUGCCGGUCUGACAUUGUUAUCUCUGAGCACACAGGAGCAGGCAAUCAAGAUGCAAUUAAGGAACACAUUUAGUCAAUUAAGCCAUUACAUCUCUGGUCGUCUGUCAGACGAUGUCUCAUCGACUGUAAUUGUUCAACGUUUACAAAUCGUAGGUGGUGACGAGUAUGACACGAAGAUGUUUAAAGAUAGUAUAGAAUGUCACUUGAGAAUCCAACUGGAUCACUGUGUGAUGGGUCAUGAGGGAGACUGUCCCACGUUUAACGUAACGACUGACAGUGCGAACGAAGCGUUGCGAUUACAUUGCACGCUAGCGCAGGAUCUUGCUGAAAAAGAACAAAGACCAAGCGAUGAUGCCAAUGAUGAACAGAUGCAGUGUGGCAGUGCUACCGAAAGAUCAUAUCGUCAGUAUGCGAGUAUCGUGUGGACUUUAUGCGUAGCACUCUGGGGAAAUUACAUCGAUCAAGACACAGCUAAUAACGCCAAUGAGGAACACUAUAACGUUAUAGUGAGAAGAGAAGCCGUAGGCGAGUGGUUAAGGAAUGUGGUCCAAAAAACGAUCGAACGAGAGAUCAAAAACAUCGACAUUGUAACUAAGAAUUCUCAUGAGAAAAUAAUAUUAUCGCUGCUUUCUGCUUGCAAACUGGAAGAUGCUUGUCAAGAAGCACGGAAAGCCGGAGAUCACUGUUUGGCAUUACUGAUGGCGCAAUUACGAAGUGGUGCGACAGUCAAGAAAUUGAUUAAGCAACAACUCGCGUUAUGGCAGGAAACCGAUGUAGACGAAAAUCUCACAAUUGAUCGUCUAAAGCUAUUCAUGUUGGUUGCGGGCGAACCGCUUAUUUCCAGCAAACACGGCACUGUUAAUGUAUGCGAGGAUCUGGACUGGAAGCGGGCAUUUGCCAUUCAUCUAUGGUAUUUGUCACCGCCAACAUCCUCGAUCACUGAUGCCUUAGAUCUCUAUGAAGCAUCUUUCAAUACAACGGAAGCUCAAGCUUACGCGGCAAUUCCUGAACCUGAGUAUAGAGAGGACGAUUACGAUGCCGAGUUAAAUAACGGCAAACGGAUACAUGAUCUCUGCUUUCAACUUUUAAAAUUGUACUGCACGGGAAAUCAUGAUUUGGGCGAACUUCUGAAUCCACUAUCAUAUACCGCCAAUCCUUUGGAUUACAGAUUGAGUUGGUUGAUGCAACAAACACUCGUAGCUUUGGGCUACACGCAUCUCUCUGAUCAUGUUGCCGCAUUAACACAUACAAACUUUGCGACACAAUUGGAGGCACAUGGACUUUGGCAUUGGGCAAUAUUCGUAGUAUUGCACCUACGAGAUUCGUCUAGGCGACGAAUUGCUGUACAGGACUUGCUGUUACGUCACAUAGAAAUAGACGACACUCCGGAAUACGUGAAGCGUGAGCAAUUCUUGAAGGAAGAGCUUGGUAUAUCAUUGGUUUGGAUUCAUCAAGCCAAAGCUAUUAAAAGUAGCAUCAAUAAGAGAUAUGGCGAAGCAGCUUGGUAUUACAUCCAGGCGGAACAAUGGACCCAAGCCCAUGAAAUUAUUCUAGAGCAUUUGGCAGCCGAUGCUAUAAUAAAUGAAAACUACGAAUAUUUGAAAUCAUUAUUAAGUUCAUUAGUACCAAUUGAAUGUAGCGGCACGAUUAGCGGAUGGUCAUAUCAAGGACAGCUCUUGUGGGAAUAUAUGGAAAUAACUAGCGAGAUUCAGAGCCUCUUAAAGUCCGCUCCUGACUACUGUGGACUAACUUAUCAAUUGGAAACGCUGAAACCUCGAUUAACGAACUUAUGUCAUAAAAUUGAUCAAUUCCCGUGUUUAACUGCUAAACAUAAAUUAUGUCAAGCUGAAAUUGCAAAAAGGACUCUACAUUUAGCUAGAAAUAUGCUAUUGCUGCAGAAAAAUGAACAGAGAUCUCUCACGAAGUUAUUGGUCCGUCUGAUAUCUCAGUUACCAUUACCGGAAGAUUAUGCACAACAGGAAUUGCGACCCAUCGUUAAUAUGCGUGUAACAGAAGUGAUGCCAUAAUGCGAAAUAAUAUAUAAGUUAAUUUAUCGGUCA